CAGUGUUAUCAGCAUCCUCCACGGACUUCCUCAUCUCCUGCCCAAUCUGGUCAGCCCCCGCGUGCUUUAGCAUCCUCAAACAGAAACCUGGUAGGCUGAGGCAGGGACAACGCCCUGCAGCCAACCCCCUUCUCUUGCGCCAAGGCACUCUGUGCAGCUCUGACGGAGCUGCAGCUGAAAUUCGGAGGCCGAGAUGAGGCCCCGACUGAAGCCUGAGGCUACGGUGCUCCACCCGGCCUGGCCAGUCCUGCUUCUGUGGGUCUCAGCCCUGAGCUGUUCUAUCUCUGCGCUGGCUUCCCUCUCUCCUUCUCUGGUACCCCAAGUCAGAACCAGCUACCAUUUGGGAAGAACUUUCUUCGGUCUUGAUAAAUGUAAUGCCUGCAUCGGGACAUCUAUUUGCAAGAAGUUCUUUAAAGAAGAAAUCAGAUUUGACAACUGGCCGACCUCCCCCCUGGAACUGCCUCCAGACAACUUGCCUUUCUACUUCGCAAAUUAUUCCGAUGACUCCAAGACCUGGCGCCCGGUGGAGCUCUCCAGGUUGAUCACCAAACACCAAAAUGAGAUCUCGGACCAGAGAAUCUGUGCCUCUGUUGGGGCUCCGAAGACCUGCAGCAUUGAGCGCAUCCUACGGAAAACAGGAAGGUUCCAGAAAUGGCUACAGGCUAAGCGUCUGACCCCAGACCUUGUGCAGGGUCUGCCCAGUCCCCUCCUGCGCUGCCCAUCACAGCGACUUCUGGACAGGGUAGUCAGGCGCUACGCUGAGGUGGCUGAUGCCGGCAGCAUAUUCAUGGACCACUUCACAGACCGAGACAAGUUACAUCUGCUCUACACGCUGGCUGUCAAUGCUCACCCCAUCCUCCUACAGAUCUUCCCCGGAGCAGAGGGCUGGCCGAUGCCUAAGUAUUUGGGCUCCUGUGGCCGAUUCCUGGUCAGCACCCGCACCAGUCCAUUGCAGGAAUUUUAUGGGGCACCUCCAGACCAGGCAGCUGACCUGGCCUACCAACUCCUCGGUGUCUUGGAGUCGCUGCGGAGCAACGAUUUAAACUAUUUCUUCUACUUCACCCACGUGGACCCAGGCAUGUUUGGCAUCUUCAACAAUGGGCAUCUGUUCAUCCGGGAUGCCAGCGCACUGGGUGUCAUCGACAAGCAGGAAGGGAGCCAAGUAGCCACCAAGGUGGGAGAGAAUAAAGACAUCUUCAGCUGUCUCGUUUCUGGCUGCCAAGACAAACUGCCCUCCUGUGACACCGUUCCUGAGAAACAGAGCCUGGUGCUGGUGUGUCGACAGCUACUGCCUCGACUUCUCCAGGAGAAAUUCCCCUCCCCAGUGCAGGAGGAGAUCAACAGGAUGCUUGCUCGGUGUGGUGAGGACACCUUCCCAAAUUCUGAAAUUCUCAGAGCUGCCAACCAGCUGAAGGACAUCUUGAGGCCCCUAAGGACCUGUGACCCCAGUUUCGCCUACCGCUACCCAGACUGCAAAUAUAAUGAGAAAUUCUGAGAGUGCUAGCAUCAAGCUGGCCUCCAGGGGCAACAUCCUUAACCCAGCUCCCCCUCCUCCCCCCUGCCCCUACUUUCUCCAGUCAAGUAGCUGCAAGGUUGGGAAAAAAAAAAUGCAGCUCUGGGGAAACUAGGUGGUGGCUCACCUGGCAGAGUACAUUUGUUACUGUGUGCCAGGACCCAGGUUCAGGCCCCCAGUCCCCACCUACAGAGGUGGACGAGUGGUGUAGUAGUGCUGUGGGUCUCUCUCUCCUAUCUCUAUUUCUGUCUUUUAUCCUCUAUCAAGCAGAAAGAAAGAAAGAAAGAAAGAAAGAAAGAAAGAAAGAAAGAAAGAAAGAAAGGAAGGAAGGAAGGAAGGAAGGAAGGAAGGAAGGAAGGAAGGAAGGAAGGGGGAAAAUGAUCACCAGGAGUGAUGGAGUCAUGUAGACAUCAAGUUCCAGUGAUAACCCUGGUAGCAAAAAAAGAAAGGGAAAAAAAAAAGAAAGAAGGAACUAAUAAUAAUAAUAAUAAUACUAUCAUUAAGGCAGCUAUGUUUUUAGACAGUAGGAGAAAUGCACGUCUGUUUCCCAGAGACUGAGGGACAGCGGUGUGCAAUGUUGUCCCCCACUGCUGGAAUAGCAUAGGACACCCGGAGGUUGGGGAGGGCAUCAGAGGACCCAAGUGUAGACAGACACUCACUUGACCUCCUGGAGUCUCUCUGGCCUCUCCUCUGCCAGACCCCAAAGUCAGUGAGAGAAGCCAGUUAGGAGCUGGGGACAACUAACUGCUUUACAAAGUGUGUUCUGGCCACCUGCCGAGGCAGGGAGAUUGAGAUGAUAAGAGUCAGGGAGGCUGGGGCAGGGUGGAAAGGGGAGUGGGAGGUUGGAAUGAAGGGGAAUAGGUGGGGGAGGUGAGGCUGUGGCACGUUAGCACGUUAGCCUUCCUGCUCCCAGCACCCCAUCCCAGCCUUCCACCAGGGGUGAGAAGACCACUGGCCAAGGGUACAAGUGGACAGGGCAUUCAAAGCACCUCAUGGUGUAGGAAGGAAUCACAAGUAGGAAAGGGACAGGGGAGUGGACAAUGUGUUCAUCUGGAUCCUCUGAGAAGCAGGUGUCAAGACAGAGUGAGAUGAGCAAGGACUGUGACCUGGGAAUUGGUGCAGUGGAGAAAGUAUUUAACUGGCAAGCAUGAGGUCUUGAGUUCGAUCCCUGGCAUCCAGUCUACCAGAGUAGUGCUCUGGUUCUCUCUCUCUCUCUCCCUCUCUCUCUCUGUCUCUUUCUCUCUCUCUUUUAUAAAUAAAUAUCCGUUAGAGGUCUGCACCCCACCUUUUCAUCCAGCUGGCUGGGAGCUCCCCAAGAAUGUCCCUUUGUGCCCCACAUAAUAGCUGUCACAAGCAAGGACCUGGGUUCAAGCUCCCCACCUAUAAGGGAGAAGCUUCACAAGCAGUGAAGCAGUGCGGCAGAUGUUUCUCUCCCUCUCAGUUUCCCUAUCCCUUCUCAAUUUCUCUCUGUCCUAUCAAAUUAAAAAAAAAAUCUGGCACAGGAUUGGGAACAGAACAGGAGCUGGGGAGGUUCUCCUGCUGAAGAUGCUGAAGACAAAGACUUUGUUCUCUAAAUCUUUUCUCUGGGUGUUUUGCACAUGUCAUGUGUUACAGAACCUCAUCCCCCAAAUCUAUAGGUUGAAAACCUUCCUCCUCCCCCCACCAAGGUGAUAGUGUAAAGAAACCAGCUUUUGGGGGAGUCGGGCGGUAGCGCAGUGGGUUAAGCACACGUGGCAGUGAAGCGCGAGGACCGGCGUAAGGAUCCCGGUUCAAACCCCCGGUUCGAGCCCCCAGCUGCCCACCUACAGAGGAGUCACUUCACAAGCGGUGAAGCAGGUCUCCAGGUGUCUAUCUUUCUCUCCUCCUCUCUGUCUUCCCCUCCUCUCACCAUUUCUCUCUGUCCUACCUAACAAUGACGACAUCAAUAAUAAGUACAACAACAAAACAAGGGCAACAAAAGGGGAAAAAAAAAAAAGAAACGAGCCUUUGGGAGACUAUUAAGUAAUGAAGGUGGAACCCUCAAUGGAGGGAUCAGUGUCCUAUGGAGGGGACCCCCUAGAGAUAUUUCUCCCCUCCCACUACGUGAGAACACCACAACCGGGUACCGACUAUGAACCAGGAAGCAGACUCUCAUCAGACGCCAAAUGGCUGGCACUUAUUUCUUGAACUUCCCAGACCUGUGAGAAAUAAAUGUUGGUUGUGUAAAUAAAUGAGCCGCCCUGUCUGUGGUAUUUUGUUAUCUCAGCUUAGACGGACUGAGCCACCAUGCUGAGUACAGAUGGACAAAGCCACUUCCUCCAGAGUGACUCUUUCUCCUAACCAGCAAGGAGGCAGGUGAGCCAACACACAAGUGACUUCAAACAGAACAAAGUCACUUUGGCCUAUUCUCAGUCCAUGUGAGUACUGUUUUGAGUUUCACCAGCCACUGCCUUCAGAAGCAGGUCUCGAAUUUGUACAAAAUGAAAGUGUGGGGCCUCCUGGUAUUAAACAUUGCAAGAUGGACAGUUUAGAAAAAGAAUAGUGCUGUGCAUAAAGAAAGUGUUGUAUCCUUGAGCAUGAAGUCCCAAGUUUGAUCCCCAGCACCACAUGUGCAGCACUCUGGUUCUCUCCCAGCUUCUCAGAAAUAAUAUCUUUUUGUUUGUUUGUUUUAAUAUUUAUUUUCUUUUGUUGCCAUUUUUUAUUGUUGUAGUUAUUAUUGUUGUUGCUAUUAAUGUCAUCGUUGUUGGAUAGAACAGACAGAAAUGGAGAGAGGAGGGGAGACAGAGAGGGGGAGAGAAAGAUAGACACCUGCAGACCUGCUUCACCGCCUGUGAAGCGACGCCCCUGCAGGUGGGGAGCCGGGGACUCUAACCGGGAUCCCUAAUGCCGGUCCUUGUGCUUUGCGCUGAGCUACCGCCCGACUCCCAGAAAUAAUAUCUUUAAAAGACUGCAAGAUGGGGACAGUGGAGUGUCAGAUUAAGCAUGAGCCCCAGUAAACUGCAUUAAUUCGCAUGCCUGCGAAGCUAAUAUCUGAGAGCCCGAGAAUCCCAAUUCUUCUUAAACUUGGCAUCGAAUUUGUUUGGAUUAUCCAGAUGUCUCAUUUGACUUUCAAAACCAAGGGGAGCACAUAUGGGAUCUGAGAUGAUUUAUGGUUUUCUUAAAGACUUAUUUAUGGGGCCAGGGGCUGGUGCACCUGGUAAAGCACACAUGCUACAAUGCACAAAGGUCUGCGUUCAAGUCCCCAGAACCCAUCUGCACCCCCCACCACCGGCAAAACUUCACAAGCAGUGCUGUAUCUCUCUC